AUGGACAUUACUAGUAUUGAUCCCAUGAAUGAACUAGACUUGGCUAAGGUUAAACCAGAAAUUCUGGUUUCUCCUAAGAAUCCAACUCCUAUGGAGACUGUUUUCUUAUCAAACAUUGACCAAGCUGUGACUUUUCCCGUUGACACAGUCUUUUUCUUUCACUCACCUUCAAAAAAGAACUCUUCCUCAUCAACCCAAUACACUGCUCAAAGAGUGAAGAAAUCUGCGGCUGAGGUGCUUCCUUUUCCUUACUAUUUCAUGGCUGGAAGACUUAGAGCUUUUAUGCAACAACGCUGGAGUCUUGUCACCAUGUUUGCAUGUGGACGCUUCUCAAUUGGGUUUGUGACAAACCAUGCGAUACUUGAUGGAAGAUCAGCAAGUGAGAUGCUUGAGAAUCUUGCCUCUAUUUGUAGAGGGGAAAGUCUGCAAACUCAACAUUCAUAA